UUUACCCGAUACAUAUAUAACACGAAUCAAAUUUAUCAAACAGGUACGCGAUCGAAUUGGAGAGAGGAGUGGAGGAUUACGCCGUGUGCGAUGCCAUGGUCCGGUUCGCCGAAGAGCACGGGAUCCGGAUCCGGGGCCACAACGUGUUGUGGGACGACCCGAGGUACCAGCCGGAGUGGGUCAAGACACUUCCGGCGGCGGAACUGACUGCGGCGGCGCACCGGAGGAUGAACUCGGUGAUGAACAGGUACUCCGGCAAGCUGUUCCACUGGGAUGUGAUGAACGAGAAUCUGCACUUCGGCUUCUUCGAGAGCCAGCUGGGGGCGAACGCCUCCGCCGUGUUCUUCGAGCGGGCCCACAAGACCGACCCCAAAACGGUGCCGUAUCUGAACGAGUACAAUACGAUUGAAGUGAGUGGAAUCGGUAAGGCGUCGCCGCCUAAAUACAUGCAGAAGAUCGCGCUGAUGAGAGAGCAGGGGUAUAAUGGUCCUUUGGGUAUUGGGCUUGAAGCACAUUUUCCUGGUAUGAAUCUGCCGUAUAUUAGGGCUGCCAUUGAUCAGCUUGCUUCUGCUAAAUUGCCUAUUUGGAUUACUGAAUUGGAUGUUAAAUCUGGGCCCAACCAGGCAAUGUACUUGGAGCAAAUAAUGAAGGAGCUUCAUUCACAUUGGGCAGUUGAAGGAAUAAUGAUGUGGGCUGCAUGGAAUCCGACCGGAUGCUAUGCUAUGUGUUUGACGGACAAUAAUUUCAAGAAUUUGCCAACCGGAGAUGUUGUGGACGAGUUCAUAAGUGAGUUGACUCAUGCUGCUGGCUCACCUGGAACCACAAACGGUAACGGUCUGUUCGGGACUUCACUUUUUCACGGUGAAUAUGAAGCCACAGUCAGUCUCCCCAAUGGAGAUAAACAUUCUUGUUCCCAAAAUUUUAGUGUUGUGCCAAAUGAGGGAGCAGAAAAAACUAUUAUUUUCAAGAUCGAUGUCUAAGUUAAUAAUGUACAAGAAAGUGUACACAAAUAUAAUAUCAAUAUAAUGUUUUCCUCGUUCUCU